AUGGCACACCCUCAGCGGCCGAGAGAAACACUCUCGGCCGCUGAGAGUGUACACUCUCAUCGGCCGGGAGGAACACUCUCGGCCGAUGAGCACUUGAUGUCUCCCGCAUCUUCUUCAAGUCAUAAAUCAGUCCCUCCCCGUUCUCACACGGUGCAACCAACAACCAACAAUAUCAGUUUUCCUACGAUGAACCCAAGCUCCGCGGGUCCAUCGGCUGCUCAACGUCCCAAACGUGCACCAACACCAAAUUUUCCCUCGCGAGAUGGAGCAGAUCAUUCCCCUGUGACCCCUGUAGCAUGCCGCUCAAGAUCCCGAACUCCCUCUGCAUCUACUUGGAUAAAACGUGUCGUGUCACGUAGUUCCUCGCGUGCAUCUCUUCGAAAACAGUAUGAACAAAUCCCAAUGUCCGAAGAGGAAAGAAUUGAAGCAGAGCAGGUCAAAGCUCGUAAAGCAAAAGAAGCCCUCGCCGAAUGGAAUUGA